GGUCAGGGUGCCGGUUGACGCGACAGAGUGAGUCGUCUCUUUCUCUCCCUCUCUGUGUGUGUUUGUGCUUCUCUCAUUCCCCCAGCUGAACUCUGUGGAUCGUCAACGCUGUGUCCCUAGCUGCCCCUCUGCUUCUCUGAACCUCAAUAUGACACACUGGGCCUCCCUUGCCCUCCUUCUGGUUUUGGGCCUCUCCAUCCAGGGGACCCUCUCCCAGGAUGCUGAGGAACCUGCACCAGUGGACCCAAGCCAGGCCCCUGUCGACCCCUCCCAGGCAGAGGAUGAGGACGAGUGGGGACUGAACUCCGUUAGGGGAAGCUUCGAAGCCGUCAAUGGAUACUUUGAUUCCAUGCUGGAGCUUAUGGGCGGACGCGAUGGAGUGUGUCAGUACCGCUGUCGAUAUGGUAAGAACAUGACCAACUCCUCUGGCUAGUCUAUCAUACAUGUAUCAUAUGCGUGGCAUGCCAACGAUAGUCAGAGGAGUUAGCUAAACAAGCCCAUCUAGAUCUAGAUCAGGCUAGUGAUUAGUUAGCCGAGAUAUUCUGUUUUGUACAGACCGCUUCAAUGUGAUCCUAUAGUUCAAAUUGUGUAAUGAUUAUCCGGCAGGUAGAUCCAUUAUAGAUUAGGGAGAUGGUACACAAUGGAGAUACACAUGGACAUUAAGAUUUUCGGAAGUCUUAACACAUCGUCAUGUUAAAGCCAUUUAAACUCUUUAAUGCAACAACACCAUAUAACUGAUUAGGGAAAGCUUACACCAGGAAUUCCUUUGACAUUACUAAUAACCUUUAUCACCUCACAUCUGAUAAUGCACCUCAGUCACUGGACUAUGAGCAAGGGAGAGAUAGCUGGCAGAGGUGUCAUGAGGUAAAGUGUGAAAAACUCAGCGAUUCACAGCUAGGCUGUAGUCUUCACCAAUGAUAUCACAUGUCCAUGGACUUUACCUGUAUUGACCUUGGACCCUGUUUUGGUUACCACCAUUGAUGAACUGAUAAUCUUUCCCAACAACGUCUGACGGACAUCCAACCUCCCACACACUGGUUAAAUCAACUUUGUUUCCACAUCAUUUCAAUGAAAUUACACUGAACCAAUGUGGAUUAGACUUUGAAUUGACAUCUGUGCCCAGUGGGCUCCCUUUGCUGGGUUGGUCAAUCAAGUGUGGAUGGCGAUCAAGGUUGGGUUCAGUUCCAUUUCAAGUCAAUUCAGUCAAUUGAUGAAGUAAACUCAAAUUCCAGUUCCUAUUUUCAUUGCAUUUCUUGAAUUGAAGGGAACUAAUGUUGUCUCCAACAUUCUUUCUACCUCAGGUAAAGCUGCUAUUCCUCGCCCUGACUACCAGAUGCAAGAGCCCAAUGGAUGCAGCUCCUACUUCCUAGGCCUUCCGGUACCCAAUAGUGUAUGCAUUUGUAGAUGAUUGGAAACACACACAUUAAUGCUCAGUGAAACAUUUCCACAAUCAAGUAUUUUUAUAGAAUGCAAAUCAAAAUAGUACAUUGGUCAUACAACUCCAAUAAUAUACAGAUUGAAGUGUACACAUACACUGAGUGUAUAAAACAUUAGGAAAACCUGCUCCUUCCAUGACAGACUGACCAGGUGAAUCCAGGUGAAAGCUAUGAUCCCUUAUUGAUGUCAUUUGUUAAAGCCACUUAAAUCAGUGUAGAUGAACGGGAGGAGACAGGUUAAAGAAGGAUUUUUAAGCCUUGAGACAAUUGAGAUAUGGAUUGUGUAUGUGUGCCAUUCAGAGGGUGAAUGGGCAAGACAACAUAUUUAAGUGCCUUUGAACGGGGUAUGGUAGUAGGUGCCGUGUUUUUAAAUGCUCAACCGUUUCCUGUGUGUAUCAAGAAUAGUCCACCCCCCAAACGACAUCCAGACAAUUUGAGCAUUGGAGUCAACAUGGGCCAGCAUCACUGUGGAACGCUUUUGACUCCUUGUAGAGUCCAAGACCCGACAAAUGGAGGCUGUUCUGAGGGCACAAGGAGGUGCAACUCAAUAUUAGGAAGGUGUUCCUAAUGUUUUGUACACUCAGUGUAUAACACCAUCAUAGCGCACACACACACAUACUCACCACCCUUGUCCUGUUCCAUCAAGGUUGACCUGGGUAUCCCUGCCAUGACUAAGUGCUGCAACCAGCUGGACAUAUGUUACGACACCUGCGGCUCCAACAAGUACCGCUGCGACUCCAAGUUCCGCUGGUGUCUCCACAGCAUCUGCUCUGACCUUAAGAAGAGCCUGGGCUUCAUGUCAAAGGUCGAAGGUCAGUCAACCUGAUGCAGUGUACAUGGAAAGUUCCACAGUCUGAAAAGUGUAGAAGCCGUCAAGCCCUUGAUACCUCUGUUCCUCAACUCCCUCUCAAAGUCCAUUGCAGGAGGCUCCAACGUCCCUCCCCUCAAACCUCCUUCUCCAAAGAACUUUGAGGGGGGGGGGCAAGGAAUUAAGGAGAAAUCAAAGAUUUGACAGCUUGUACACUUUUCAUACAGAGCCACACAUUACACCUACAGCCCUAUACCUGAACUUCAUUGCACUUUCAUCAGGCCUAUUGAUAUUUUGUUCAAGAUGUUUGAAUAGGCCAGUAAUUAACUCUCAUCCCCAUGUCCCUCUUUACCGUCUAGCCUGUGAGACGGUAGCAGACACCCUGUUCAACACAGUCUGGACUCUGGGCUGCAGGCCCUACAUGAACAGCCAGAGAGAAGCCUGCCUCUGUGAAGGAGAGGAGAGGGAUGAGCUUUAAAUUAGGAUUAUAGACACACACACACACUCGCAUAUGCACACAACACACACACACUCACGUAUGCAUGCAUGCACGCACGCACAC